GCGGCUGGCUCUGCUGCCCCGCCGCCCUCUGCCCUGGGCGCUGGGUCGGAGCGGGCCGGACCGGGCGAGCGCAGUGUACUGGGACUUCGAGGCGAAGAUGGCGUCAGGCAGGCGCUCUCCGCGCACCGGGUUGCUGGAACUGCGCUGCGGGGCGAGCUCCGGGGCGGGUGGUGAGCGGUGGCAGCGGGUGUUGCUCUCUCUGGCGGAGGACGAGCUGACCGUGAGUCCCGCCGACGGCGAGCCCGGCCCGGAGCCCGAGCCCGCGCAGCUCAACGGCGCUGCUGAACCCGGCGCGGCGCCCCCACAGCUGCCAGAAGCGCUGCUGCUCCAGCGGCGCCGCGUGACGGUGCGCAAGGCCGAUGCCGGCGGGCUGGGCAUCAGCAUCAAGGGGGGCCGGGAAAACAAGAUGCCUAUUCUCAUUUCCAAGAUCUUCAAGGGACUGGCAGCAGACCAGACGGAGGCCCUCUUUGUUGGGGAUGCCAUCCUGUCUGUGAAUGGUGAAGAUUUGUCCUCUGCCACCCACGAUGAAGCGGUACAGGCCCUUAAGAAGACAGGCAAGGAGGUUGUGUUGGAGGUUAAGUACAUGAAGGAGGUCUCACCAUAUUUCAAGAACUCUGCUGGAGGGACCUCCGUUGGCUGGAACUCACCUCCUGCCUCGCCUCUUCAGCGGCAGCCUUCUUCCCCUGGCCCCCAACCCCGGAACCUCACUGAGGCCAAACACUUAUCUUUGAAGAUGGCGUAUGUCUCAAGAAGGUGCACCCCCACUGACCCAGAGCCCAGGUAUCUGGAAAUCUGUGCAGCGGAUGGCCAGGACGGUGUCUUCCUGAGGGCCAAGGAUGAGGCCAGCGCAAGGUCGUGGGCGGGCGCCAUCCAAGCCCAGAUCGGCACAUUCAUACCUUGGGUCAAGGAUGAGCUCCAGGCUCUGCUGACAGCCACAGGUACAGCUGGGAGCCAGGACAUCAAGCAGAUUGGCUGGCUGACAGAACAGUUGCCCAGUGGGGGAACGGCACCAGCCCUAGCCCUGCUGACUGAGAAGGAGCUGCUCCUCUACUGCUCUCUCCCUCAGAGCCGAGAGGCCCUGAGCAGGCCGACCCGCACUGCCCCGCUCAUUGCCACCAGGCUGGUGCACUCAGGCCCCUCCAAGGGCUCAGUGCCCUAUGAUGCAGACCUGUCCUUUGCCCUGCGCACGGGUACACGGCACGGUGUGGACACUCACCUGUUCAGCGUGGAGUCGCCGCAAGAGCUGGCAGCCUGGACCCGACAGUUGGUGGAUGGCUGUCAUCGGGCUGCUGAAGGCGUACAAGAAGUGUCCACAGCCUGCACGUGGAACGGCCGACCCUGCAGCCUGUCUGUGCACAUUGACAAGGGCUUCACCCUGUGGGCAGCGGAGCCUGGAGCAGCCCGAGCCGUGCUGCUCCGACAGCCCUUCGAGAAACUUCAGAUGUCAUCAGAUGAUGGCACGAGUCUCCUUUUCCUGGACUUUGGGGGUGCUGAAGGAGAGAUCCAGCUGGACCUGCACUCGUGUCCCAAAACGAUGGUCUUUAUCAUCCACUCCUUCCUGUCCGCCAAGGUCACCCGCUUGGGGCUCCUGGCCUAGAAGCUGUCGGCUGCACCAGCCCUGAAGAGGAUCGUUCAUCUUGUGGCCUGACCUGUCCUUCUGCUGCCUGCCUGCUCAUCUGUGGGCUGAGGGAAGGGAGAGGAGGGGAGCUAGGGCCUCAGAGACCAGCCUGAGGAAGCAGAACUCAGACCUGGGACAGUGAGUCUGGCUUGUGAUGGAGCAGCCUUCCUGCUGCUCACCUCCACCAGUGCCUUUCCAAGAGAGAUAUUUUGUGUACACAGAAGCCAUUCCGAGCCUGGGACCUGACCCUGUGUGGAUCCCGUCCCCAGCCAACAGCAGAGCUGCCAGGCCUCCUGGAGGCCCCUAAGCCACCCUGAGAUCUCCAGAGUCUUCUGGGUCAGUGGCGAGAGGAAGGGGAGGAGCCUUUCUGUUCACUUCCCCUUGAGCCCCGUGGGGCGUCUGGGUUUUCUCCUCCUUCUCUCUCUCCUCCUUCAUCUUGAAUAAUAAACAGCCUGUGAGCACA